AUGCUAAAAAUAAUCCGCCAUUCUGGUCAGCGUAGCUUUCUGCAUGGUAAAGUGAAACCUAAACAGUUCAGUAUUUUCAACAAAAUACGUCGCAGCUGGCGUGUUUACUCUUAUUUCAUUGUUAAGUUCAAACGAGUAUUUAUACACACAGUCCGAAAGAAAUUACUGAUGAAUUUGAGUACUAACGGUUUUAGUACAGAAGAUGAUAGUCGAGGUGGACAUGAUCAGAUCUGUUGUUUGAUAGAUAAUAAUGAGAGAUGUACGAGACAAGCGGGUAACGCUAGUUACAGUAAACGAAUACAGAAAACAGUUCAACAAAGAAAACUAAAACUUAUUAGAGAUGAUAGUGUUUCUCAUAUCUAUAUUUGUGAUACACAUAAAAACAUGAUACAGAGUGUACGAAGUAAAAGAAAGAGAAAGGAUAGUGAAGAUGACAGAGGUUCACCUGAAGCAGAAGAAGAUGUACCAGAUAUUGAUUUCUUCCAAAUGCCAGUGAACACAUUAAGGAGAUAUAAAAGACAUUAUAAAAUUCCUACAAGGCAAGGUUUAAACAAGGCACAGUUAGCUGAUGCUGUAGCCAAGCAUUUUAAGAAUAUUCCUGUAGUGGAGAAAGAAGCUCUGACAUUCUUUAUUUAUAUGGCAAAAAAUUAUAAAAGUCGUUUGGAUCAAAAAUAUAUUGACACAGUACCUUGUUAGCAGUUUUGUAUAUUUGUGUGUACAUAUAUAAAAAACAUAUUCUUAUCUAUCCUACUUUAUUAUAUAUAUAUAGAAUAUAUUCUUGUUAUGUAGAUAUAUUAUUUAAAAUGUAAAUAUAUAAUAAGUAUAAACAUUUAUGUUUGAUUCAUUUGUAUCAUUUGUCAAAUCCACAUCAAAGAGUUUUAUACAACUCUUUAAGAAUCCCAUUUUACCCUUGUUUCAUUUAUAAUUUUAUUGUAAUUCAUUUGGUUCAUGAUCUUCACAAUGUUAAGAAGUUAAUACAUACCUCUGAUAACUUGACAAUUUUAUCCAACAGAAGCUAUCUAUUACCGUGUAGCCAACUAAAGCCAUCUAACAGAUUUAGCCUACUGAAGCCAUCAAACAGUUUUAGCCAACAGAAGCUACCAAACAGUUUUAGCCAACAGAAGCUGGUUAUAGCCAACUGAAGCUAUCUAACUGAAGCCAACUGAAGCUAACUAACUGUUUUAGCCAACUGAAGCUAACUAACUGUUUUAGCCAACUGAAGCUAACUAACCGUUUUUGCCAACUGAAGCUAUCUAAAUACAGUUUGUUAGUACCACUCCAAUUGGUUCGUUUGUAAGAUACUUGCCCGAAUGGGCAGAAUUGAAAGAGUGGCACAGAGUUCAAUUUUAUCAUUCCUUAAAACAGAUGUAUGAGUAGAUUCAAACACAGGAAAGUUAUUUCGGCUAUGGUGGUUUAGAUUUUUCUUUCCAGAUGUUGUAUUUAUUUCGUAAUACAGUAGUUACACUAUGAAGAAAGUUAUUGAUAUAAUAUUUGUUUGACACUAUGAAGAUCAGUUAUUGAUAUAUUUUUUUGACACUAUGGAGAUAAGUUAUUGAUAUAAUAUCUGUUUGACACUAUGAAUAUCAGUUACUGAUAUAAUAUUUGUUUGACACUAUGAAGAUCAGUUAUUGAUAUAAUAUCUGUUUGACACUAUGGAGAUAAGUUAUUGAUUUAUGAAGAAAAUCAACUGUUCAUUUUUGUCAGCCCAUAAAUUCAGCUCAGUAUUAUGAAAUAAUUGUAGAAAGAUCAAACCACAAUCUAUUUUUUAGUCCCAGAUGUUCGAAUGAGAACUGAACUUCAAUAGAUUUGUAUUAUAAAAUUCCAAUUUAUUUAUCAGUUAUGUGGUAAGUGCAAAAAGACCUGUAACUACAGAGCUGUCAUAAAAUGUAGCAUAUUAAAUUGAUAACUAUAUAUAUAUAUAUAUAUUUAUAUAUAUUAAAGUUGCUGAUCGUCGACUCAUUCAUAUUAUUUUGAAUCCCUUGUAAACUACAAUCUUGUAAAAGAUGAAUCUCUAAAAAUGAAUAUCUGACCAAACAUAGUUCAAUUUCAUUCAGUAUUUACAAAGAUAACCAUACCAGCUUCACCAGUAAGGUGGAUUGGAUAUUUUCCAAAAAAUGCAAAUGGGGAUCAGUGGCUUUAAUAUCAUGAAUGAUGCUGUAUCUCUGUCACUUUAAUAACAAGACUCUAUUGUAUUGUCAAGCUUUACUAUUGAAACUAGUGACAUCAGUCGUACUUGAUUGAUUCCUGACUCAGAAUUCUAUCAUCACUAGUGAACGUAUUGGCUCUAGGAUACUUUAACUUAACUGAAUCUCGAUACCAGUAUCAGAAAUAUUGUUAUGAUACUUGCAUAUUAUUAUAUACCUAUAAAUGGAAAUAAAAUGAUAAAUCAGUA